AUGGAUUAUGAGUCUUUGUAUAAAUUGAUCCCGAAAGAACCAAAGAAAUGGUUGACUCAAGAUGUCAUAAACUGGCUAAAGUUUAUAGGGUUAGGACAAAUGGAAUAAAAAUUUGUUGAAUGUUCUAUUGAUGGUGCAGUUUUGGAAGACUUGACGGAAAAGGAUCUAGAUGAAGAAUUAGGGAUCACAUAAAGAAUUAUUAAAAGAAAACUAUUAAAUUGGGUAAAUCAUGGACUAAAAGAAUAUAAUGAAUAUAUAAAAUAAAUGAAAAUGCCAAAUCUAAACAACAAAAAAUAGUAAGAUGAAGAUUUCACGAUACAAAAAAAUGUUGGAAAUGUUCAAUUCGAAUAAAUGCUAAUGGAAAGUCAUGAAAAUAAUGGCAACGAACAAUUCACAAGUUCACUAUAAAAUAAGAAAUACCAGGAUUUAACAAAUUCGAACAUCAACUAAUACUUUAGCCAAUAGAAGGUUAAUAGUCCAAUUUUUAUUGUGUUCGCGAAGCAGGUGCCAAAAUUGGAAGACAUUCUAGCAACCAAAUUCUAAUUUUGGAAGAGAACAUCAGCAGAUUUCAUGCUGAGAUAAUAUUCUAAGACUCCAUGUUUGCACUUAAAGAUAUAGGAAGUACAACAGGAACUUUUAUUAAAAUACCUUAAAAGUUUUGACCAUUAAAGCAAGGGGGAUGUUAAUUAGAAUUGGGAAAAAUUGGAACAAUUAGAAAAUGGAGGAAUUGAAAUCUCAUUAUUCGUAAUCGAAGGACCAAAUUUAGAAGAUACCAUCAUAUUUCAAUUAAAUAAAGAUAAACCUUCUGUAGCACUUGGGAGGAAAUCAACUGUAGAUAUCUCAUUCCCUGAAGACCACCAUUUAUCAAAUUAGCACGCUAAGUUUUAUCUGGUUGAAUAAACAGUCACUUUAGAAGAUCAUGGAUCAACUAAUGGAUCUUGGAUGAGAUUAUCAGGAGAAGGAAAAAUGAGCAAUUUGUUUUAUUUGGAUCCGAAUGAAGAAAUAAUAAUAAGAAUUGGAACUACAAAUUAAUACAUUUGCCAAUAAAAUAAAAUGAAGGUUAAUGAAAUCUCAGGAGAAAACUUGUGCAUAAUUUGUGUUGAAAGAGAAAGGGAUUGCUUAAUAUUGCCAUGUAAACAUAAUGCCACUUGUUUGAAAUGCAGUAAGAGUUUAGCUCUCUGUCCCUUCUGCAGAGUCAAAAUCCAAGAGACUAUUAGAAUUUAUAAAAAUUGA